AUGAAUUCGUUACUCCACUGCGGAAUGAGUAUCGAGAGAUCUCUGGCCACGUUUCGAUCAAAGUCCUACACUGAUAACUCUUCUUCCAAUGGCUUCGCUGUUCUACUCAUAAUGGUAAGAAAUUUGAAAUUUUUGACACAAAAUAAACUAUUUCAGGUCAUUUUCGGAUUAUCUUUGACGAUAUUCUCGCACCACAGAUAUAACAUGCAGUCGCAUUCUAUAUUCUGCAUGAGUUCGAGCGCCGAAACUCUCAAUGACGUCACGACAAUGACUUUGAUCCUGUUACUUUGUGACAUCAUCGCUUUUCUCUACACCAUCGUGCUCUACUUUGUCAAUGCUCGAAAAAAGAGAAGGUUUCAUUUUGAAAAAAAAGUAUUAUUUUCAAAGUGAAAUUCUUCGAAAAUUCCGUCCAUUUUCAACGAUUAGAGUUAUCAGAGCUAAAAUUGAAUAUCUUGAUUAUCAAUGAACAUCAAUGAAUAUAGUCCGUUUUCCGCCAAUUGAAAGGGCGGGAUUUCUCUGCGCCCUCUUCGUCUCUCGACGACCCUCUAUUUUCGCGUUUCUGUGACUUCGCCGGUAAGGGAACAGAGAGACUCAGACUCUCGAAUACUGUCAAAUCGCGGCGGACGGACUAUAUCAAUGUCAUUAUAAAUUCUUUUUGAUUCGCUUGGAGAAAAAAAAAAGCAAAUUUAGACUCUCUUACGGCAAUCUUCAAAUGAAAAGCCAUCGAAUGGAAAACGAAGCUGCAUACAAACUUUUGAUGCCUCUCAUCAUUUUCCAUUUGGCGUUCUUCAUAAGCUUCAAUCUCGCCGUCGGAAGCCUCAAAAAGUUACAGCACCUUUUCAACCGAGAAAGCGACUUUCACGUCUUCAUCAGUGCUCUUUACGUGAGAAUUACUUUUUUACGUGGGCUCGAUCCAACUCCAAAGUGGACAAAUUGUGGCCAACCAGCAGCAAAGAGUCGCCUAUUGAAGUAUGGCUCUUAAAAAGCUCAGAAACGCGCAAAAGUCCGGAGUAGGAUCCAGCCCUCGUACGAUUAUUUUUUCUUUGAAGAUAAUCCAAGACGAAACAAUAAAAAAAGGUUAGAUAAAGAGAAAAAAAAUGAUGAAAUGCUAAAGAGAUGGCAUAAGAUAGACUUCACAAAAUCAAUUUGAAUAUAUUUCUAUAUCAAUUGCUAUUAAGAUCGUCCCAAUCUACACCUUCUUCUCGCCGCUAAUAAUUCAAAAGAUCUUGGUGAGAGGAUCUCGACUGAGAAAGGAAAAGCUGCAAGAAGUCAGACGUGUCGACCCCAAUGAGAACGAUACCUACUUUAACAUGUAUCGGAAUAUGUGGCAAAAAGCUUGA